CUAACCACCACAGCCGCACCAACCACCACAGCUUCAUAUACCACCACCCCCUUGUAUCGAUCAACAAUUCGUCCUUUAAGCAUAAUUCCUCUGGAUUUUACAGUUUAUGUGGAUGAUUACGUCAUCCCUUCAUGUGAUGAUGGCGAUUACUUCCCACUAUUUUUGCCACCAACUCCUCCUAAUGGUGCCAAUCUACCUGCCUUUGUAAAUGAAAGAUUUGACAUCAAAGUCAGGUCCAAGGCUCAGUAUGCAAUGAUUGAUAAUCUUAUUGUGACAGGACCACAACACAUUUCUAAGGAAAAGGUUUCAGAAGACACAUACAUCAUAAAAUGGACACCAAAUGACUCUGAGCUGCAUAAUCACUUUCCAAUUUGCUUUGUGUCUGAAGCAAUAGAUGGACAACAAAGGGUCUUCCAUUCAGAGCUGCGGUGUUUGACUGUUUCAGUUGAACGUCAUGAUAGCAUUGUGACCUGCAAUGAAACAUCAAUGACUGUCGAAGUAGCCAAAAAUUCCUUAAUCAAACGCAAAGAAAACAGUCUGCAUCUGUUUGACUCAUCGGAUGCUUCCUGCAGCCUGAGACGUCAUUCAAAUAUGACCCACCUGGUAGCUGUCAUGCCCCUGAACAGCUGUGGGACCCGAAUUGAGGAAGAUGACAACAAUAUAAUCUUUGAGAACGUGAUUACAUCAGCAAACCCUGACGUAAUAAUCUCCAGGGAGCAUGAGGUUGAGAUCAGCUUCUCCUGCUCCUAUCCAAAGCGCACCAACCUAACUCUGGGUUUCACACACAAAAACCCAUAUGCCUUCAGAGAAAAAGGCUUUGGUGCCUUCACCUUCCAGUUUGAGUUCUUUGAGAGCCAGCGUUUCAGGAAGCAGGUGGACACCAGCAGCUACCCGCUGGAAGUUUACCUAAAGCAGAAGAUCUACAUGCAGAUUGAGGCCGACACAUCCAUCCCCAACACUGAGCUGUUUGUGGAGUCCUGCAGGGCGACUCCCUAUGACAACCCCAACUCCCGCAUCAGCUACACCAUCAUUGAAAACGGAUGUGUGAAGGAUAAAACUGUGGAAAUUUAUUCUGCGUCAAAGUCUCAGUUCAGAUUUGGAAUGGAAGCUUUUGAGUUCAUCGGAGCUCAUGAGGAGGUCUACAUCACUUGUUCGGUUCUCCUGUGUGAAAGUGACAAUCCCGAGGCCAGGUGCUCUCAGGGAUGCAUCGAAUCCGACUCAUGGGACAAACGUAGGAAGAGGGAUGCUGCAGCGCAGACGAGCAGCCACUUCAUUUCCCAGGGUCCUUUGCACCUCGUGAAGACCUCUAACAUCAAAGUUUCAGAACCUGGCCAGAGCAUGUAUCUUGCCCUGAAUCUGGUCUUCAUUGUUUGCUGCCUUUUGGCUUGCGGUGUCAUCAUCUACCGAUUCAGAAGGCCCAGAGCUAAAUACCAACGUCUGCCAUCAGCUGAUUCUCCAGUCGACCCUGACCAACCAAUGGAUUAGGAAUCUGGAUUUUGAUUUUAUUCUUUUUAUUAUGAUAUUGGGUUGUCAGAGCUUUUAAAUUUUCCUUCAUAUGUAAAUGUACACUUUCUAGCUCUUAGCUUGAGAUAUUUCUGUUAGUUCUGGUCAUAUUUUCUUUUUUGCCUUAUAGGUUAUGCCAUAUUAGAUAAUUUUUCCAUGCGUAUAUUAGAUGUUUUUGUGUAAAUGAUUUUCUUUAAUUUUAGCUUCCUAGUGUAUUUUAUUCUUCUUCACUUUACUUGGAUUUAUUUGUGUUAGUACCCUUUACUUCAGGGCAGAGCUAAAAGUGGGGGUAGAGGUGGCCAUACUGUAAUUUAACUCCAGCAUAAUGUAUAACAAAGGGUGGCAGCACUGAUACUCUCGGUUGGCAUGUCCUAUCUUACUUGAUUUUUCAGUCGUUCGUAUAAUAAAUAUACACUGAGCAAAAAACUAGUACACUAUUAGUUUGGCCUGAUCCUAAACUGGUUUUGGUGCCCUUUCGUUUUCUGCCACCCCACAGUGCACAUUGGUCCUUGCCUAGCCACCCAUUUAAAAAUUUUUUUUUUGGCCCUGCCACUGCCUUACCUAGAUGGUAUUAUUCUAUAGUUCUCUCAUCUCUCCCCCCUUGAUCCAAAUGUUGUAUUUUCAAACAUAUUUAGGCAAGCCCCCAGUUUGUUAUGCUUUAUAUACUGGUCAAUUUCAACUACUUCUUAUGGGUUUAUUCUGCAAUGCCAUGUUUCUACUGCCCAUGUAUGUGAGCUUCGUAUUUCAGUCAUUAAAAACUUCUCAGCUAA